UCCAUUUUUCAGUAGCCUUGGAAAUUGACCAGAUGCUGCUGGGCGGAACUCAGAUCUUGGCCAUGGCCUUUCUCGUAGGUGCCCAACAGCAGUUUGUGAUCAGCGAGCUUGUCAGAAGUAGCGAUUGCAGUGGCGAUCCAGUAACUGGAGUGAUUGCCUAUGAACCUGUUGGUGUUUGCUCCGGACAGGACAUGAAUGGUGAUUGGAUUCCUGACACCCUUGCCACCCUGGAACUCGAGGGAGACUUUGCCUUUCACAGAUUCUAUAAUGGCCUUCCAGACAACCAUUCCUAUGCCUGCUGUGCCACAAGCACAGUUGAGGUUCGGAGACAAUCAAUGGUCGAGUUUUACCGCUGUGACAAUUCGUCCAGCCCGCCGGGCUUUUGGACACAAAAGCGGCUGGUGACAUUGGACAGCUGGAGGCUUGAUAUCUAUAAGAUGAAGAAUUGCACCUUCAGCUUUAGCACCGUCCUCGCACCCUUGGACAUUUGCCAGACGCCUUUUCCUGCUGCUCAACAUUCCACCAUGCAGUCGUGCAACGGGAGUGGCAUAACAAUCAGCAAUUACGAAACGUUGAAUUGCACAGGGCCAGCGAAGGUGGUCUACUACCCGGCGGUCACGUCUGGACCAUGCAAUGAUGGGCCGUCUGCAGAUCCAACUAUGGUACCAAGGGCAAAAUGUCUACCCAGCACUACCUUGACACCACCUGUGCAAGGUUUGUGCCCAAGCAACGAAAGCAACGCAAGCAAUGCAACCGCGGUACCGAACCGUAGUCGGCUAGUAAUCACCUCGGCUUCGCCCUCCCUUGGCUUCACCUGGGUAGCUGCAGCUGUGAUGACAAGAGUCGUUUCACUGAUGCCUCAUUUCUGACACCUCGAAAAUCUAGAAUUGGAUAUUUGAAACACUCUCACCUUAGGCGAUUGAGACAAAAA